UCACUGAAAACAUUGUCAUCGCCCGUAGCUGAUCUAAAAAUCAGAUGUAGGAAUACUAGGUUUGGGAUUCCUACAUUCUGGGUGGUCGGAAAGUCGCAACAAAAGAAAAGCGGAAGCGACGCGUGUUCAUCUUCUCUCUGCGGUUUUACUCUUCUCCCUCUCCCAUGGCGGCUUUGUUCUUUUAGACCCAUCUCCUGAUUCUCCUCCUUUUCCUUUUUCCUAUUCCUAAAUCCCUCUCUGUUUGCUUGAUCGAUCGUGGGUUCCUUGAAAAAUCCGAAAUUUUGUCGAGUUCUUGUCCGGGUGCUUCGAUUCUCGAGGUCUGAACAUGGCGGUCGUUGAAAACGCUGUUGCUGAUGAUGGGGCCGGCGUGAUCCCUCCAUCUCCUCCGUCGUCCGUGGUGAGUCACAAUUCGACUGUGUCGUCCAACGAUCAGAACCACCAGUCGAGGAUCGAGCUUGGUUUGCAUCAGAACGGCGGCGGUCCGGUUCUCCGACACGAUCAGGACUGCAUUUACGGCAAGAUCGGCUCGCACGUGGCGAGUUCCGACGGCGGAGAGAGCUUCAAGCAGGAGAUGAGGGAGCUUCAGGAGCUCUUCUCCAAGCUAAACCCCAUGGCUGAAGCGUUUGUUCCUCCGUCGCUGGCCAAGCAAGGAGUUGACGGCUUUAACGGCGUCAACGGAGGUUUCUUCACCGACUUCAACUCGUUCCUGAGCAACAAUGGCUUUGGUCGUCCCGGAAACGGCGGUUUUCGACGGAAGAAGAGUUUCGGGCAAGGGAAACGGAGGAUCAACAGCCGGACAAGCAUGGCUCAAAGUGAAGAGAUCAUCCAUACAACUGUAUAUGUCUCUGAUAUUGACCAACAGGUCACUGAGGAGCAGCUUGCUGGUUUGUUUGUCAGCUGUGGACAGGUCGUUGAUUGCCGUAUAUGUGGAGACCCUAGCUCGGUUCUUCGCUUUGCCUUCAUUGAGUUCACUGACGAAGAGAGUGCAAGGGCUGCACUGAGUUUAUCCGGGACGAUGCUUGGAUUCUAUCCUGUUAGGGUUCUUCCCUCCAAAACAGCUAUUGCACCGGUUAACCCUACGUUCUUGCCGAGGAGCGAAGAUGAACGUGAGAUGUGUGCAAGGACUAUCUACUGCACUAACAUCGACAAGAAGAUCACGCAGGCUGAUGUUAAGCUCUUCUUCGAGUCCGUUUGUGGAGAGGUGUACCGCCUGAGGCUACUGGGUGACUUUCACCAAUCAACUCGGAUUGCUUUCGUAGAGUUUGUGAUGGCUGAAAGCGCAAUCGCAGCUCUCAACUGCAGCGGCGUUGUUCUGGGUUCUUUAUCGAUAAGGGUGAGCCCUUCAAAGACCCCUGUUCGUCCUCGUCCCACACAGCUUCCAGUGCACUGAUACAAGCUUCAGAUUCACACAUCAUACAUAUAUAUAUAUAUAGAGCUGUCAGACAUCAUGCAGAGUCAUGUAAAGAUGUCAGUCUGCAUCUCAUAGUCUGGUCUCUGGUUUUAGUACGUGAUGCUUUUGGUUUGCCUGGGAACCGGCUUUUUUGGUUAUCUUAUCAGGGAGUUUUAUUGUCUUAAACUCAUCAAAGGAGCUACACAGAGCAGAUACCCACAUCGAGCCUCUUCAAGAUCUAUCUAUACAUACAUAUAUACACACACACACACACACGCUGUCCAGGUUUUGUCAUCGUUCAUUAUGAACACAGAAUGAGAUCUCUGCCCUUCCAACUCUUUCCCAGUAA